AUUCUCAUUCCGCACUAUCAGGUUAUAUCCAAAUACUUUUUCGAACACCUGACUUUUCAUACAUUCACGAGAAAAAUGCAUCUGAAAUUGGUUGUGUUUUGUAUAGUAGCAGUCGCUUUAGUUCAUGCCGUUAGUGAUGAGGAAUGGAAUAGCUACAAGCAAAAAUUCAACAAAAAAUACAACACUCCCCAAGAUGAUGCACUCCACCGUUCAAUUUAUGAAAAGAAUGUCCAGAAAAUCGACGCUCACAACCAGAGAUUCAAAGCAGGACAAGAAACCUGGGAAAUGGGUAUAAAUCAAUUCACCGAUAUGACAGAGGAAGAGAGCAAAAAGUCUUUUGGGCUGAAACCGAUAAACUGAAGAAUGUUUUUGAAGCUUUAUUUUUAAUGUUGAUAUUGAUAUCUGUUCUAUAGAACCUGAUUUUUUUUAAAAAUAUAUACAUAUAUGUAAAAAUAUAGUAUUUAUAU